AUGCCUGAAGACAACCCAACAGUGUAUUACAAUUACACAGUUGAUCCCAACACAAAUCCAUCCACUUGGCCUACCCCUGGCGACUCAUCUGGUCACAUUGACAUUAACAAAGUCGAUGUCAUCUUCAUCAACAUUAGUGGUGAAUCCGACUUCAACAUGCUUCGAACCGGCACCAACAAGGACAUUCACCACGCAGUCAUGCAGGUGACUAAACAUAUCAGUCGGGGCCUCUACCGCCUCGUGAGCUUGAAUGCCUCUACCUACUCUUGCGUAGUGGUUAUGCAGGCUCUAAAGUCGAGAGAUGAGUUGAUGUGGAAGAACGGCUUCCCGUGGGACCGUGAUGACGAUGUGCAGCCGGAUGUUGUGCUCAAGUAG